AUGGCUAAAGAUGAUGCAUUGGUCGUUGAAGUCCAGUACAAUGGGCACUUCUUCCCGAGACCAUUUAUGUAUUUUGAUCCAGAUAAAAAGGAGAUGAGGUAUGCUGAUUUCAGGGACAAAGGGUAUUCUGAGUUCAUUGCUCACCUAGAGCUGAUUACUAGAAGGGUGUGCAAAGAUGUAUACUAUUGUCCAGACGGCCAAACAUUGUGUCAAGGAUUUGCCACAUUGCAAAACGAUUGUGAUUAUCAUGAAUCUCUUGAGUAUCUUCAUGACAAAAAGAAAGUAACUGUGUAUGUGGACCAUUUCCAUGAACCCCUGUUUGACUGGAUUGAAAUGGAAGAGCCUAAAGUUGAAGAUGAUACCAACUCAAACGAAGAUGAAGUUGACGUAAUAGAUAAAGAGGUUUGGGAACACGAGCUGGAUGAUGAGGAGUUUUCUAUGAAAAGGGCACGAGCAAGUAUUCAAGGUAUGCAGAAGAAAGACAUGUUUUUGAACAAACUUUGCCCAAAUGAUGAAGAGGAAGAAGAUCCUACUACUGAGCAACUACCUCCUGUAUACCCUGUGCACAAUUUUGAGCAAGAAUGGGAUCAAAUGGCUCCUGUGUUAGGUAUGAAAUUCACAAAUCCUAGUGAACUCAAACAUUGUCUUACCAACUAUGCUGUUAAGCAUGGUUAUGAUUUGUGGUAUGAAAAGAAUGAUAAAAACAGACUUUUAGUGAAGUGUUGCAAAGGUAAAGAACCUACAUGUCCUUUUAGGUUAUGGGCUUCUUGGAUGCAAGAGGAAAGGACUUUUCAGAUCAAGUCACUUAAAUCAACUCAUAACUGUGGUAGAGUUUUUAAAAUAGGCUUAGUGACUUACAAGUGGGUAAGGAAACAAUUUUUCAAUGUACUUAUAGAAAACCCCAAGCUUAGUUUGAGGAAGAUGAAAGCUCAAAUAUCAAACACAUACAACAUCAUAGUUAGCAUUGGACAAUGUAGAAAUGCAAAAAAGUUUGCUUUGUCUGAGAUUGAAGGUACUUUGAGAGAGCAUUAUAGUAGGUUGUGGGACUAUGGCAUUGAAAUCAAAAGAGCUAAUCCAGGAUCAACUGUAAGCAUGGAAGUGGACAAUAUGCCUGAUGGAAGUACAAUGUUCAAACGGUUCUAUGUAUGCUUCAGAGGUGUAAGAGAUGGUUGGGUAGAGGGGUGUAGAAGAGUCAUUGGGAUUGAUGGAUGCUUUCUCAAAGGAAUUUGCAAGGGUGAACUCUUAGUUGCAGUGGGUAGGGAUUCCAAUAAUCACAUGUUCCCUAUAGCUUGGGCUAUUGUAACUGUUGAGAACAAAGAAACAUGGAAAUGGUUCCUUGAUCUACUGAUGGAUGAUAUUGAAAGAGGCAAUGGAAAUGGACUUACUAUUCUCUCUGAUGGACACAAGGGUUUAAUUGAAGCUAUCAAGGAAAGGGUUCCUCAUGCUGAGCACAUAUUAUGUGCUAGGAACAUACUAGCUAACUUCAACACAAGUUUCAAAGGUGAGCAUUUUAUGAAGCCUUUUUGGAAGGCUGUGAAGGCUACCACAAAACAUAAACAUGAAGCUGCUAUGAAAGAGAUCAAGGAAUUAGAUAGUAGGGCAUUUGAUUAUCUCAUGGAGAGGGACCCUAAAUGUUAUUGUAGGGCUUUUCAAGUAGAAGGGGUAUUCUGUGAUGCUAUUGAAAAUGGAAUUUCAGAGAGUUUUAAUGCUGAAAUAGUUGAGGCUAGAUGUGACAAUCGUCAAUCUUGA